AUGGCUAUCAAAUAUCUCAUUUUGCUUUCCCGCCAGGGCAAAGUGAGACUGGCAAAAUGGUUCACCACUCUGUCCCCCAGGGAGAAGGCCAAAAUCAUCAAGGAUGUGUCUCAGCUGGUUCUCGCCCGGCGGACCCGAAUGUGCAAUUUUCUUGAGUACAAGGACACCAAAAUCGUCUAUCGUCGCUACGCAUCCCUCUUCUUCAUCGCCGGCUGUGACUCUACGGACAACGAGUUGAUCACCCUCGAGAUCGUUCAUCGCUAUGUCGAACAAAUGGAUAAAUACUACGGGAACGUGUGUGAACUGGACAUCAUUUUCAAUUUCCAAAAGGCCUACUUCAUCCUAGACGAACUCCUCCUCGCUGGAGAGAUGCAGGAAAGCAGCAAGAAAAAUGUGCUGAGGUGCAUCAGUCAAGAGGACAGUCUCGAAGACAUGGAGAAACCGCAACACCCUCUAUUCUGCGCCUGCGCCCUGCUAUGUGCUGAGUCUGACUCGGCCCGCAGCCCUAGCACCAUGAAGUUUAUGCCGAAUCGCGACCUUGACACGGUCACCUCUACGCUCAACUUUAGCACCCCGGAUCUCCAUGUGGUGGGGGGAUGCGAUCUGUACACCACCAAGGCCGCCGGAGGAGACAAGAAACUAUACAAGGACAUUGAAAAUGGUCUUGAAGCACAAUACAAGUCGAACCUGCAGUUCUCUCAAUCGCUGUCCCCGCCUCAGGCGCAUGUGGCGGCGUCAAGCCUGAAUCUGAGCCGGAGCAGUCCCUUUGGGAAUCUGGGAAUGAUCAGUUCGCGGAGGACAUAUGCGUAUCUCAUUGCCACACUGAACGCCAGCCACCCUCACUACGACUUCUCGCACGUCCUCCGGCCCACCGAUUUCAAACGAGAGAAAAGCCUGCGGCACGUCAUGAACACAGUGGACACGACCAUGUACAAUCUGCGUCCGCGGCCCGUCAAUACGUACCCCAGAGAUUCCGCAGGCCCUGCGUCCGCUCAGUCGCAAUGGGGACCGGCCAUGUGGAGACUGAUCGACCAACAAAUGAGUUUGCGCGAAUGCGCCGUGUAUCGAUACGCGCCCGAGGAUUACGAUCCUUUUGAGGACGACGACGAAGGGUCGAUCUGGUCGAUGAACUACUUCUUCUUCAACAAAGCGAGGAAGCGUGUUUGUUACCUGUACUUGCGAGGCAUCAGCGUGUUGGCGGUCCCCACCGUCGAUGCACUGAGGACGCCCAUCCGCGCCAAGCGCUUCGCCGACGAGGAGGCGGACGGGUGGGUCACCCCCGACCUCGGUGCGCACAAGCGAGCAAAAUACUGGCUUGGGGAUCGAGACGAUGUCGAAGUCGCCGAGCACGACAACGAAGCAGAGGCGGACACGGACAUGGCGGUGACGUCGGUCGAGAAGGAUGACGAUCCCAUGGAUGCUUCUCCUUUGAAGAGCAAGCGGUCAUCCAAGGAGGAACAGGGGGAAGAAGAGGAGGAGGACUUCCCGCCGCCCACGAGGCCGGUGGUCGACGACUUCGACAAUUAUCUGCUGAGCGACGAAGAGGUGCGCAGUUUGAGAAGCCAGAGCAAGAGCACGGCGCGGGGAGCCAGCGAAGAGGUGGUGGGACCCAUGGAAGUGUAA